GCGAGCACAAUGAGCAGAUCCCGGACACUAAACUACUGAUGCGACGUAUGCGGAGGAUGGACUUGGGAUGAUUUCUGCACGCAGCUGGCCUAACUUGGUUUGCAUUGAUUGGAUUUAGGAAUGGCAUGCAGAGGUUCAAGUCUAACAUAGGCCCGAUGUACUGUCUGGAAAGUGACCUCGGGUAAACCCUCAGAGGAUCGGUGGACUUUGGAGAAAUUCUGCAAAGGUAUUUUUUUGCGCAGCACGGGGAGUGUGGCGCAACGUGAAGGGGAUGAUCCCAGUCAACUGAGGAGACACGCGACUGAGUGAAGCCACGAUUAUUAAGGGACACACACACACACACACACACACACACACACACACACACACACACACACACACACACACACACACACACACACAGCCACUGCCCCUGUCUCGCGGUGCAAGAUGAUGUCACUGAUAGAUCUGGACGAUGAUCAGCGAUGGGUGCCCACUCAUGUCAAUGUCACCGUCCUCCGUGCAAGAGGACUGCGAACCAAGGGCAAGCACGGCAGCCGCUACCUCUACACCAUCAUCCAGGUGGGGAAGGAGAAGUACACCACCGGGCUGGUGGAGAAGGCGGCGGUGCCAGAGUGGAAUGAGGAAUGCUGCUUCGAGCUGCUGCCGGGCAUCCUGGAGGACGGCGGCCGGAGCAACCACCCCUCGGGGAGCGGGGACCUGGUCCUCACGGUCAUGCACCGGGUGCUCAUAGGGCUUGACGUGUUUCUCGGUCAAACCAUCAUCCCGCUUGAUAAGAUCUUUCAGGACGGAAUCUGUCCAAGAGAUGAAUGGUUCAAGCUCAACUCCAAGGCAGGAAGAAAGGAAAAGGAACGUGGUGAACUUCAGGUGACAGUCCAGUUCACACGCAACAACAUGACAGCCAGUAUGUUCGAUCUCACCAUGAAGGACAAACCACGGUCUGCUUUUGGCAAGCUCAAGGAUCGUGUCACAGGGAAAAAGAGGUGCGAUAUGGAGUCUUCCUCGGCCAUUGUGCCGGGCCGCUACGCCGCCCUGUCAGGAUCCCUCGGGCAGCCGUUUGGACAGGAGAGCGGAGGGGUGGUGGAGUCACGAGAUGUGGAAAUAGCAGAGGAGAAGAAGAGUAAGGUGAAAGAUUUUUUCAAAGGAAGGCUGCGCAAGUCGUCUGACACCAAGUCAUGCUCAUCGCUGGCUUCAGAUAGCAGUGUCUCUUCCAUUGCCAGCGAUAACCCUGGCCCUCCACCCAGUCUUGGCCUGCUGUCUGAUCCUCCCAGCUCCCCCAUCUACACAAGUAAAGUGAGAGUGGACACCCACUAUGGAGAGGCAGAUUUAGCUAAAAAAGUGCUCACCAGCCAGCACACCACAAAGGUCUUGACACACAAGCGAGCCUUCAGCGAUGAAGCUAGCAAGAUCACAACAGCCUUCCCUCGAGCGAAUACUACAGUGGAGUCUCUCAAGGGUCAAACCAUGACUCAGUCCAAGUCUUCCUUGUGUAUAAAUGGAAGUCACGUCUAUGACUCCGAGCCAUCAACUCCAAAGAGCUCAGGCACCCUCCCGUCCAAGCUGGUCCUGCUAGAGAAAUGCUCCCCGCUCUCUCGUUCUCUGCAGAACCUCACCAAGCGAAGUGAAGACAGAGGUUCCUUUGCUGAGGGCCGACGCUGGUCCUUUGACAAGAUGAAGAAAGACGAAAAGGAGGAAGAAAAGGAAUCCCAGACGUCAUCUUUCUCAAUUCAGGAAGCCCAGACAGGGGGUCAGUCUAUGCAGGCAGCGAUGCCAACCCUCUCCUCUGUGGCUGAUUCAUCCGACAAAGGGAGGAAACUUAGAAAGACGUUAUUCUCUGGAGGGAGGAGUGAUUCUCUCCCGGCUAAGACAGAUGUGAACCAGGCUGGUGCUGCAUCUGAAGGGAGGCUCAAAGGCUGGUUUGGCUCCGGUGACUCCCAGAACAAACCAAGGCUGGAAGUUUCUCCUAAGGUAGAAAGCAGCUCAGAUGUAUCCCCUCCCUUCCCUCCUCACUCCCCUGUACCCCCUCACUGCUCCUCUCCUUCUACCUCCCCCACCGGUCAUGCCUCACCCAAUGACGGGAAUCACACUAAUCCCAUCACCCCCCCCUCCAACCCUUUCCUCCCACGUUUGCAGCGCAACCCCUUUUUUGAGGAGCUCAUAGCUGAAGAGUCGCAGAGGUCGCCUCCUUACGCGCCUUGCUCCUCUUCUGGCUCAUCCCCGUUUCAUUACACUACUCUGCCCUCGCAGCCCUGCACUCCCAGCUCUGCUCAUGAUGUUAAUGCUACAAAUAUGGCUUCCAUAAAGCGUGAGCGCCCCAGGCCAGUAGCUAGGCAGAUAUCUCUUCCUGCGUUACUACCCAAAGCGACACCGCAUAACUCCCCCAACCACUCCACCCCUCACUGCAUGUCGGAGAGUGCAGGAGAAUGGGAGGACUCUUUUGAUGCUUUUGCCUCUAGCAGGCUCAACUCACCUAAAGGAAGUCUUUCUCAGAGGCAACUGAAUACCAGCCCAACAUCCCCUAAUAGCCAUAGUUAUCUUCCAGUUAACAACAAUAAUCACACACAAGAGCUACAAAAAUGUGAAGAGGAGCCUCCACCUUUGCCUCCAAGGAGACUUUUAAGGACUCCAGUGAAUGAAAUAUUCUCUGAUGGUUGGCUGCACAGAGGUCAAGAGCUAGCUGUCCAUAAAGAAGCUUGCCUCCUGUCACAGACCGGUGCAGCAUCACUGCAGCGUGGAAAAGAAGGAGAAUGCAAAAGAAACACACCGAGUGUAUCACCAGACCCCAACACCAGCAGCGAGACCUCCGAUUCUCUCAAUGGUAACUCCCAACCGUCCACAAACGUUACUUCACCGGGUUGUUUGUCUGAAGAAAAGAUCAAAAAGUUCAAAUAUGAACCCCUGGAAGAUGAGACUGACUGCUGGGGAGGGAUGUUGUUUGAGCAAGACUUGUAUGGGCGUGUAUGCAGAGGAAACUAUGUACUGCCCAAAGUUAACAAUCAUCAUUUGUCAUUGAAAACGGAGGAGACCGCUGGAAAUAAAAAUGCAUGUCAGGACUCAGGACCAAAAAUGUUUCUUGAUAGUGAGGUGACUGUUGCUGAUCUUUUGAAGUUAUCAUCUGCUGCUCCCCCUCAGUCAGGUGUUAUUUCCACUCCAGUAGAAGAGAUAGAAUGUUCCACCAUUAAUCCAGCUGAAACCAUAUGCAAAAACAAUAACAUGUCUUUCUCACUAACCUUAGGAGAUCUGAACAUGAAUGUGAAUAAUUUAGAUUUUAGUUUCAUUGAUUCGGAUGGAUCCUCUCAGUCAGAGGUGGUUGAUACUCUCAAAGGCCUCAACAGUUUAGUGCCACAAGAAUCACAGAUAGCAGAUAUUUACCAGCAGGAGACCACAGUGACCACACCUGAAGAUAUGUUCACUUUAAAGGACACCUACAUACCGGAUAUGAACUCUUCCUUCGAAAUAUCUGCAUUGUCUAAUAAACUAUGCAAAGUCUCUCCAGUUUGUCAAGGGAACUGCCAAGAUUGUCGAUGCGAGCUAAAUAACGUGGCACCGCAGUGUAAUUCCAGGGUGAUCAGCAGGGAGAUUGCUACUUUGUCAUCACAGAAUCGAACAUCUAAUCCCCCUGAAGAUAAAACAAGAAAUGUUGAUGAUCUUAAAAAGAAAGAAGACUGCGAUGAUAACGGAAACCCACAAGCUAAGCUAGCCAGACUUCAGCGGGCAGACUCGAUGUCAGGGGUGGUUAGUGCGCGUUUCAGACCAAAAGGAGUGUCCAGGGCAAACAGCAGUGGCAGUCUAAACACCCAAAACAAAAGUGGAGAAAGAGAGUUUGAACAGUUGUUGUCCCUUGUUAAAAAUAUUUCAGAAGUCAGUGAAGGACCAUUGUCUUAUCAGCCCACUAAAUCAGCUCUUUCUUCCUUACUCGGAUUAGAUAAACAGGCAAAUUCUCUUGUAGACGCCACAGGCAAAGACCAAAAAUAUCACGAUGAGUUGAAUACAACAUCACAAAUAUAUUCGAAAGAUGACACAUCUUCACUCUUAACAGGAAAACCCUUUGCGAUCAGUUUUGAAGACCUUCAUGCAAAAGUAGCCCCCAACCUGAGAACCCCUUCAAAGUCAAAGAUUGGGCAAUCUUUGCAAGAGCCUGAACCCUCUUCUCCCAUCCCCUCCGCACUCUCCCUGUCAGCUGAUGCACAGGAUAAGCUCCACCCUACCCCUGUCUGUUGCCCCUCCAUACAUCCCUCAAGCGUGGGGCUGCCCAGUGCUGGAGCCAGUACUUCUCUGGCUAUGGCCCCCUACACCUCCUCCUCUUCCUCCUACUCUACCACCUUCACCACUGACCAGCCCCUGGUCGAUGCACGGCACUCACUUUUGCCUGAGGAGACACAGCCAGCUAGCAACCUGCCCCAUCAGGAGAGCAGACCCCAUCCAGUGAAGCCAUUAACCUCAAGCCAAUCAGAGAAGAAGGACGGUCGUUCAGUUCUGGAGAAACUCAAGUCUACCAUCCACCCUGGGCGCACCGCCCACCAGGCCGUAGCUGAACCUGAGAGAAGUCAGGAGGUGACAGUGGAUAACUCUGCCCAUUACCAGCACCUGACCAACAUGGAGCUGAUCUCCCUGCUGUUGCAGCAGGAGAUGGACAUGCAGAAACAGCAGGCGGCCUCCGAGCAGCAGGGGGCACAGCUGGAGAAAUGUGGGGCCGAGCUGAAAAAGGUCAAGGCGCAGGUUCGUGACUUAGAGGACUACAUUGAUAACCUUUUGUUGCGGAUCAUGGAGCAGACACCCACGCUGCUUCAAGUGCGCACUCGACAUAAGUGACAACAGUACCAGGGUGUGUACAGUGUACUGCACAUGAUGUAUGAUCGGUGACCUCUAGAAUAGUGUUUCCUUGAUUAGUUGUACAUGUGAGUGGGUGAUAAACAGGGUAAUUAUUUCAGAUUGGGAAACACUCUAGAGGCAGGUACAAUCAAGUCAAACAAGUGCUCCACAAAUCUGGAUCUCACAACCAUCCAGGUCUUGUCACUGCUAAUACUGCCCUGUUGAUGUAAACACAAAAUUACCUGACAUGCAUGCUGGUCCCAAUUUGGCACGAUCAAAAAACAACAAGUACUAAGAGAGAAGCUUUCAUCAAAGCAGAUGCAAAUAAUUAUUUCAGCCAUGCUUGCUAGAAUAAUUUAAGAUAGUCAGCUGUUGUCAAUUUAAAAUUCAAACUCAUUGCUUUUUACAUAAAAUGCAUUAAAGAAAACAGGCAGUAGGAAACACUUUUUUUCUUGGAAGUACUGAGGAAGAGUUAAUAUGGUGAAAUAGGAUCUCAAGUUACCUUUAAAAUGCAAUCUUGGCAUUAGAGCUGUUAUGUAAAAGAAAAACAUUUUUUUCCACAAUAUUUUCAAACAAACAGCUUAAUGAAAAUGUCAUGUACGCAAAGGUUAACUUGAGCUAUUUUGAAGUAGUGUUUAAGAAAUGCUACAAAAAAAUAGCAACACGUUCUUAAAUGCUGCUCUGCAAGGUGUGAAAACUAUACAAAGAAGACGUUUCUGCAUUAAAGUUGCUGUGUGAUCAUUAAAAUAACAAUAUUUAUGUCUCUGCCAGAAAAGAUUCAAGAAGAUGUCGACUUAUUGUUUGCAUUUUGUUUCUUUGUUUUGUUUUUAUUUUUUAUGUAAUGCUUCCUUCCUUAAACGCUCCCCUCCAAUUGCAAACUAAGCCAUCAAGAAUGUUUGAGUAUAUUUUAUGUUUUUUGUCCAUUAUGCAUUUUUUUGUUGUUGUUGAAAUAGCAACCUGCUACUGUAGGAAUAAAGCGCUGAUGCAGUAAAUAAGAGUAUAAUAAGUUAUUUCUAUAAAAUACUUUUGUCAUGAUAAUAUAUUCUCUAAUGCCACACUAGUACCACUGUAGCUACUUGCAAUGCUUUACAUGACCGCAGUACUGUACUGUAAUAAA